AUGGCAGUCCAAGAUGCGGGCGGCUCAGAAAACCAGGAGGUUGACAAGGCGGCGCUUCUUGAUCAAAUGGUAGCUGCGGCUCAGGAAAGCGUGACGCAAAGCGAAGACCAAGAGGAGCAGCCAAACACCGAAGGACUCAACGAGGAAGACGCCCUGCGGAAUUUGACUGGCACUGUCCGAGACCAGAAUGAUCUGGAACGUGACAUCACACUACAAGCCAACGCUGCCUUGAAUGAAGCUGAGGAUAAAAAGGACCAAAACCGUAUAACAAAAUUGCACGAGACCAAGCAGCGACUUCAGGUUCAACUAGGCAAGGAAAAGAAUAAUCUUGAGGCUGCACACAGCAACGUCUACAAAUCUCGAAAUGCCCAGAAGAACAUCGCCAAGUUGGAUGAACAAAUCCGUCAAAUAACCAGUGACAUUUCGGAUUUCCAGGCACGAAUAUCCAAGCGUCAUGAAGACAACCCCGUUGAAGAUCCGAAGAAAUCCAAAUCUACAAAGCUUCCUGGCGAAACUAAUCGCGAGUUUCUAAUUCGAACUGGAAAAAUUACACCGUUUGCCAAGAUCGGAGGGCCGCGACCGGUAGGAAUUCAAGGGCAACUCGCGGAAACUAUCUUGGACGCAGAGGAAGAGGCAACAGCAGAACAAUUAGGAGGGGAGCUUGAAGGUCCCGCUUCUCACCAGCGGCUUCGACGUCCAGGUUUUGCCGAUGAACUCGAACCAGAAACAGCACCGUCUCAGCCGGCUGUGACUGUUGCUGAGAGCGAAUUCUCACUACGACCGAGGAAAAAGAAACGUACGCAAAAAGAACGCAGUCCAUCAGCUGAUUUUGAACCUGAAGCGUCUGGAAAUGAUUCACAUGACGACGACGUCUGGCAGCAAGGAAAUGAGGACGACCUGAUCAGAGAACAGCGUCGUCAGGCCAAAGCAAAGGCGAAAGUCGCCGAUCAAGAGCAGGUCGAUCUUAGUAAGAUCGACGAUGGCAAUGUGUCACAUUUCAAGACGAGACUGAAUGACUGGGUGACGCGCCGAAGCCGCGCAAGAAAAGCCCGGCGCCAAACAAGUGACAUGUCUGCCGAUGCCAACGAGAGCGACGACGACGAGGAAGAAUGGUUCAAACCUGCACCGGACUUUCCAGAUUAUGAUUUCGGCGAUGGCCUGAAGCUCCCUGGCGAUAUUUAUCCGUCGCUCUUCGGUUACCAAAAAACGGGUGUUCAAUGGCUUGCAGAACUCUACAAACAGAAUGUGGGCGGCAUCAUUGGCGAUGAAAUGGGCCUUGGGAAGACGGUACAACUGAUCGCAUUUAUCGCUGCUCUUCACUACAGCAAAAAGCUGCACCGGCCGGUCAUCGUCGUUGCUCCUGCUACCCUUCUUCGGCAAUGGGUGAGCGAGUUUCAUCGUUGGUGGCCACCACUUCGUGUGUCCAUCCUACAUGCUUCAGGCAGUGGCAUGAUGAACCCGAAAUUUGAAGAUGAAUACGAUCUGGAUCAUUACAAGCCCCUCGCUACCAAGUCUGAAAAGGCUGCGAGUCGAAUCGUCAAUGGAGUUGUCAAAAGUGGGCAUGUUCUGGUGACCACAUACACCGGUCUCCAGACAUACGCAGAUACCCUGCUGCCAGUUGAAUGGGACUACGCCGUUUUGGACGAAGGUCACAAAAUUCGAAAUCCAAAUGCCGAGAUCACUGUAACUUGCAAGGAACUAAACACGCCAAACCGCGUUAUUCUCUCUGGAACACCGGUGCAAAACAACUUGACUGAGCUAUGGUCACUGUUUGAUUUCAUCUACCCCAUGCGUCUGGGAACGCUCGUCAACUUCAGGUCUCAGUUUGAGAUCCCCAUUCGUCAAGGUGGGUAUGCAAACGCUUCCAACUUGCAGGUCAUGACCGCGGAGAAGUGUGCAGAGGCCUUGAAAGAGACGAUCGCAGAAUAUUUGCUUCAACGUUUGAAAGUUGAUGUAGCUGCUGAUCUUCCCGAAAAAACCGAGCAAGUACUUUUUUGCAAGCUCACUGAUGGUCAACGUAAGGCGUACGAGACCUUUAUAAAGUCAGAUGAGGUUUCGGCGAUCUUGAAUCGAAGACGACAAUCACUCUAUGGAAUCGACAUUCUACGCAAGAUUUGCAACCAUCCUGAUCUGCUUGACAAGAGCCUGGGGAAGAAGGCUGGAUACGACUUUGGUAACCCCAAGUUAUCAGCGAAGCUCCAACUCACAAAAGACUUGCUACAAAAAGUCAUGAUACCGAAUGGGCACAAAACGCUCCUAUUCUCGCAGGGUAGGCAGAUGCUCAACAUUAUUGAGAAAUGUAUGAGCGAAUGUGGGAUUUCCUAUGUUCGAAUGGAUGGAGAAACACCCGUGGACCAGCGUCAGCCAAUGAUUGACAGAUUCAAUGAAUCUCCGGGUAUACAUGUGUUCCUCAUGACAACUCGAACUGGAGGGUUGGGAACAAACCUCACAGGCGCCGAUCGAAUCAUCAUCUUUGACCCUGAUUGGAAUCCGUCCACAGAUCUGCAGGCCCGAGAACGAGCAUGGAGACUAGGCCAGAAGAAGCCAGUCAAGAUCUAUCGGCUCAUGACCGAGGGAACCAUUGAGGAGAAGAUUUAUCAUCGGCAAAUUUUCAAGCAGUUCAUGACAAACAAAGUCUUGAAGGAUCCCAAGCAGCGAAGCAGUUAUGAUUUGUCCGACCUCUACGAUCUCUUCAGUUUCAACACAGGCAAAGACGCAAGUGCCAACCGGAGUGAAGUUUUCAAGAAGGCACAAGUUUCCUUGGCCAAUGGUGAUGAAGGUGGUGACGGAAACCUUGACCCGAAUCAUGUCGAGAGUCGAGAUCGUGAGAAGGACGUUGAGGGCAGGGAACUUAAGCAAAUGGGUCUGGUGGCUGCCAUGGAAGAUUUCAGAGAAGACAAAUCCGCCAACGACGAAAAGCGUAUGUUGGAGGGCAUCUUUGCCAAGUCUGUCAACAAUGCAUAUGACCACGAGGCCAUUGUCAAUGGACCCCAAAAGCCACAGGCGGAUAUCUCAAUCCUUCAAGAUGAGGCAAAUCAAGUAGCACGUCAAGCUGCAGCACAUCUUCGACAAGCUGGCGCUGAAGCACGAAGGGUUCCCAUUGGCACUGUUACGUGGACUGGUGAAGUCGGACAGGCGGGCCGUCCCGGAGCCAACCGUCGUCGCGGAGGGCCAAGUUCAGCCGGUAUCAUGAGUAAUCUGGCAGAUCGCCAAGGACUUGAUACAGGAAGUGGGAGAAGCUCUCGCUCGGGGACUCCAGGCAUGGACAAGAAUCUCAAGUCCAAGGACUUUGUAGCCAUGAUCAAGACUUUCAUCAACCGUCACAAUGGUCGCGUUCCCAGCAAGAUGCUAGUGGACCACUUCAACCCGUACUGUCCAGGCAAGAAGCAGAGCGACGAGUUCAAAGCAGCGCUGGACAAGGUCGCAGUCUUGAACAAUACAGGAGGUGCAGGAAGAGGAAUCUGGACAUUAAAGCCAGGUGUAAAAUAG